CAAAUGGCUCGUACUAAGCAGACUGCUCGCAAGUCCACCGGGGGUAAGGCGCCGCGUAAGCAGCUUGCCACUAAGGCGGCCCGCAAGAGCGCCCCGGCCACCGGCGGCGUGAAGAAGCCCCACCGCUAUCGCCCGGGCACCGUGGCCUUGCGCGAGAUCCGUCGCUACCAGAAAUCGACUGAACUGCUGAUUCGAAAGCUGCCUUUCCAGCGCCUGGUGCGGGAGAUCGCGCAGGACUUCAAGACCGACCUGCGUUUCCAGAGUUCGGCGGUGAUGGCGCUGCAAGAGGCUUGUGAAGCCUACCUGGUGGGCCUGUUCGAGGACACCAACCUGUGCGCUAUCCACGCCAAGAGAGUGACCAUCAUGCCCAAAGACAUCCAGCUCGCGCGCCGCAUUCGUGGGGAAAGGGCAUAA